UGAUUGUGCAACACAAUGAACUAUUUAACUAACAAACUGGAUGAGGAAUUGAAUAAUAACCUGAACAAGGAUGGAGCAAUUCUGUGGGAGAGAAUCGUUUUGGAACACAAGUUUGACGUGGGGUGAUGACAGAAGUUACCCGGGAUUCACAGAAUGUUUUCAAAAUACAGUGUUGCUAUGGAUACCCAGCGGAUGGUUAUGGCUGACCAUGCCGUUCUACAUACCUUACCUGCGGUCACAGUCAAAUGCUAUCCUGCCAAAAUCAUGGAAGUACCUGUCAAAAAUGUUUAUAGCCCUUUCACAGCUAGCUAUUUUAGUGUUGAAACUGUCAUAUAGAGCAGUGGAUUUAAAUCAGAGGAACGAGACGUGUUUACAGGCCUUCUUUGUCGGUCCGCUUGUCGAAGCAUUGACAUUAAUUCUGGUUGCUUAUUAUAUAGAUCUGGACAGAUGGAAAGGACAGAUAACGUCGGGUGUACUUUUUACAUAUUGGGUAUUAGUGAACACCACAUCCAUCAUUCCAUUCUACAUUAAAAUCAUUGAACAGGUAUAUAUAUACAGACCAUUGGACUUCGCUCUGUUGAUUGUAUACUUUUUCUUGUGCUUGGUCCAGCUUGUAUUGAGUUGUAUUGCCGAAACAUUACCUACAUCGGAGGGUAAGAGACCUUGUCCAGAGCUUAGAUCUUCAUUCCUAUCAAGAAUAACCUUCCAAUGGAUACAGCCGUUGGUUGUGACUGGUUACAAAAAGCCGUUGACAGAAGAUGACAUGUUUCGCUUGAAUCCUUUGGACCAGUCUGCCGAGGUUGUUAAGAAAUUUGAAUACUACUGGAAACAAGAAGAAAUCAAGCAAAAUGAGAAAGUAUCAGGGAAUACUCCAACGAAAAGUGUCAAUGGUUUUGGGGGAUCUCUACAGGAAGCAAGCAAGCUGCUGGAAGCAGCACCUCACUUUGAUAAUACUAGUGAUGCAAAAAGUAGAAUCUCAUUACUUGCGGUGUUGUUUAAGACAUUCGGUUGGGAUCUGUUUCUCAGCAAUAUAUGGAUGCUGGUUAAUGACAUACUCAUAUUUGUCAAUCCAUUUCUUUUACAGUUGUUGAUAGAAUUCACCGGGGAUAGCCAGAAACCAAUGUGGAAAGGUUUUAUUUAUAGUGGAGCUUUCUUUGUUGUUAUAACAGGGCAAUCGUUUUGUUUCCAUGUACAAGCGCACCAAGCCAGGACUGUUGGUAUCAGGAUGAGAUCAGCUUUGAUGUCUGCAGUCUUCCAAAAGUCAUUACGAAUAAGCAAUCGUGCUAGAGCAGAAUCAACUACUGGUGAAAUUGUGAACCUUAUGUCUGUUGACGCUGAACAGAUACAAGAAAUGACUGCAUAUUUAUGGGAAACAUGGUCAGUGCCGCUACAGAUUGUUGCCUUCGCAGUUUUCCUAUACUUCACUGUCGGUUAUGCUAUGUUUGCCGGUCUUGGUGUGUUAAUUCUGGUAAUGCCAAUUAACAUAGUUUCCUUAAAGAAAAUUAAGCAAUAUGAAGCCAACAUAAUGGAGAGAAAGGAUGACAGAAUCAAACUGACAACAGAAAUUCUAAAUGGCAUAAAGAUACUAAAAUUAUACGCUUGGGAAAUGGCAUUUGGAGAAAAGGUGACAGAAAUAAGGGACUGCGAACUUUCAAUGUUACUGAAGAGGGAACAGCUCUUUGGUGUAACACUGUUCUCUUGGACGGUUGCACCGUUUACUAAUCUCACGGUUGUCAUCAUUGAUGAAAUUUCUAUGAUUGGAAAUAAAAAGUUGGCCUUUAUUCACCAAAGACUCACAGAAUUAACAGGCAAAAAGCAAGAUUUUGGUGGAAUAAGCAUCAUAGCUGUUGGUGUUCUCUAUCAAUUUUCAUCAGUAGGAGAGUCCUGGAUUUUUGAAGAACUGCGAAUUUCUCUAGCAAAGAACCUGUGGAAGGAACAUUUUCAAAUGUAUGAAUUAGAAGAAAUCAUGAGACAGAAGGAUGAUUUAGAGUUUUCAGAACUGCUCAACAGGUUGAGAAUCAAUAAGCUAACUAAGAGUGACCUUGCAGUCUUGAAGUCACGCAUUACUGAUACAAACUCGUUAAACGAUCCAAACAAGGCAUUACAUUUAUUUACAGAAAACAAGAGAGUUGAUGCUUUCAACACCUUACUCAUUGAAAAGCUGGAUUCAGUCAAAGCAGAUAUCAAGGCAGAUACUUCUGUUAUUUCACCUGCAAAUAUCUCCCAAGAUUCUAAAGCAAACCUUAUUAAAGAAAAGGAUAAAAAAGAAAAGAAACACAAUGACACAGGAAAUCUUCCAACUAUAUUGGAAGCAGCUGUUGGGAUGACAUGUGAUUUACCAAUAAACGUGUCUGUUGAAGAUGGAUUGACCAAUGGUGCAACUGGAGUAUUGAAUUACAUUAAAUACAAGGAAACUUCAAAUGCUAGACCAGCUAUCCUUUGGAUUUAUUUUUCUGAUGAACAAAUUGGCAAGAAGAGAAGGAAAACAUAUGAACGUGUACAGUUUCCACUCGUACCAUCAGCAGCAAAAACUGUCCAUAAAGCGCAAGGUGCAACUGUAGAUGAACUUGUUGUAGACCUUAGUUCAAGUUUCGGAGCACCACAUAUUCAUUACGUGGCAUUAUCAAGAGUUCGCAAGUUAGAGAAUCUGCACAUUCUCAACUUGAAUGAGAAGGCACUGAAGGUUGACCGGAAAGUAAACACUGAAAUGGAAAGACUGCGUGAAACCCCAAUGAAACUUUGCUACCGACCUCUAUAUGAUAUUGACGACUCCUAUGUGGAGAUUCUUUUCCAUAAUACCAGGUCGUUACACAAACACAUGGAGGAUGUAAGACAAGAGCCAAAUAUACGUAAUGCUGACGUUAUUGGCUUGUGUGAAUCACGUUUAUUUCCAUCAGAAAGUUCAGACAAUUAUGGUUUACCAGGAUUUACAUUGUACAGAGCUGAUCAACAGGGUUCCUCAGGAAAAAGACCAAGCUAUGGUGUAGCAGUGUUUGUACAGAAUAGCGCUAUUAUUGGUAUAGUUGGUCGCACUGGUGCUGGAAAAUCCUCUCUCACAUUAUCUUUGUUCAGACUUAUAGAGCCCUCUAGCGGCAGAAUACUUGUAGAUGGCCAGGACAUCGGGCAUCUUGGAUUGUUUGACUUGAGAUCGAGACUAACAAUUUUACCUCAGGAACCGCUUUUGUUCUCUGGAAGUUUGCGUAUGAAUCUUGACCCCCUAGGUGAUCAUGAUGACUCAGCAAUUUGGACUGCUUUAGAACAUUCGCAUCUGAAAUCAUUUGUUGGAGAUUUACCUUCAAAAUUAGAAUAUGAAGUGGGAGAGGGAGGUCAAAAUUUGAGCAUGGGUCAGCGACAGUUGAUGUGUUUGGCCAGAAGUUUACUAAGGAAGAGCAAAAUUCUUGUUUUGGACGAGGCAACUGCUGCAGUUGAUUUAGAAACAGAUGCUCUCAUUCAGAACACAAUAAAUACAGAGUUUAGAGACUACACUGUACUGACAAUAGCUCAUAGACUGAACACAGUAAUGGAUUAUGAUAGAAUACUUGUGCUGAGAGACGGAGAAGUGCAUGAAUUUGACGCACCAAAAUCGUUGUUACAGAAUUCAUCUUCCGCUUUUUAUGCAAUGGCAAAAGAUGCAGGUCUAAUUUGAACAUUGGCUGAAUAAAGUUAAAAAAGAAACUGUUAGCAAUACAGUUACAAUAUUUGUACAUUGAAAGUAAUGCAGAUUAAAAUAUAGUUUACAAAUAAGGAACAUUCUAUAUAUCUUUUAGGGGACAGGUACUGGAACAAUUUAUGACGUCAUAAAGAAAAGUACUUUUUAGGGGGGAGGGGGUGUAGAGUCACGGUCUUAUGCCUCUCCGGGCAUUGUUUCACGUAUCUUUAAAUAGAUUCACUGACCUUCCGAAAGCCAGCUGGAUGGCUUCCUCAACUGAGUAAUUCUACAAACUAAGCGAGGUUUCGAACCCACAUUGCACUAUCGUGGUGUAAUGUAACAUUAUAGUUUUCGAGCACCACAUUGUUUCCAAGACCUUGGUAUAGUUUAUUCCUUUUUUGUAUUUCAUAACCAAUGACCUCGAGUGUAGCUGUUUAAGCGUACCCAGUGGCGGUCUUUUACUAAAAUCAAAAUGAAGUGAAAAUGAUGCAAAGUCAUCUUCAGUAAUCAGUGAGACUUGAAUUAAGACCUUAAAGGUUUAUUAAAAGUUAUUUACUAGA